CGUAUUCGGCCAGUUUUUAUCCCAACUGGUCUCCUCCAGCCCAUGAUAAUAAACCAGGAAACAGGUCCAUCGGAAAUGCUUCCCUGGUCCGCUCAUUCGCAGACUACACAUCUCAUAUCCGAUGGGCAGUUCAUUCAUUUUACCGGUUCAAUGAGAAACCUGAGGGUCAUUCCAUACCAAUUAUAUUCGAACAAGGACAGCCGCGAGUUCCAUGCCGAGUCUAUUGUCGAUAUUCCUCCAAUAUGCCUCCGUGAUAUUCAGCAGGGAGAUCUCUCGCGCAUGCAGCUUCCUGCUCUAAAAGUCACCGGCAAGCAAUUCGGUAUCAAAGUAUCCGUGAGGAUCUCGAUACGUCCCUAUAACACACAUCUGAACAAGCAGAUUACAAUUCGUAGAUCGACUGCGUCCUCUGAGUACGUCGAUACGUACAAGCUGUUGGAGAAAAUCGCAAGGUUGUUCCUUCAGUUCAUGGAGCACGUACAAAGCGACUUGAACAUUGCCAAUGAGUGGGGACUCUUCCCGACUGGCCGAAUCAACGUCGAUCGCAUCUUCCUGCUGGCGAUUAUCAGGGUGGCUUAUGGUAGUAUUCAACCAGUUUUUGGCACCGAUGUCUGAGAUGCUGAGGUCAGUGUCUGCACGCUGCUAUGAUGCGUCCAAGCACUACGUUACCUAACGCGUGCUGUGAAACAUUACAAUGGAGAAUCCGUGCCUUGUGAACUUGAAUUGUCCUUUGUUAUUUUGGGCGAGUUCGUUUUCGUAUUUGUGUUGUAAUAUGGAUACCGUGG